AUGAGGUCGUUCCUUCCAGCGGUUUGGGCCGUUCACGCAACGCCAGCUGAAAAACUUACUGGUCCAAAAACUUGUUUUCUUCAAAAAUUCUUCUAUAUGAUUACGGAUGCCUUCCAAAAUGCUCAAGGUGCGCCGAAGGAUUUUCGACGAUGGGCGUUUGAAAUUUUUACAACGUUCGUCAUACCGAACUCUCCGCUUGUGAUUCCAAACUCUGAUCAAAGUAUUAUUCAACCGAUCGAUAAGAUCCUCGCCACAACAUCCGAACAGAUCUGUGAAUCAGAUGUGGAAAUUUUGAAACGGGUAUUUGUUCCUGGCCGACAACGUGCCGUCACGGACAUCAACGAGCAUAUGGCAAAUUUUCGGCAAAAACGACAAUUAGGUAAAGUGGAUUAA